AUGCAAAGCUCUUUGGAUCCCCAGGGCCAUAUCCGCAUCACCCGUACAAAGCAGAAACUGGAGAUGCCUGUCAAUAGUGAAGCUUAUCGUCGGGUCAUGCGAGUGGAGAUGUUUGCUUGGCUGGCCAUGGCCUCACGCUUCAAAGCGAAGGACUGGUUGCAAGGUCUUGAGAGCACUCAUUUCCUGAAGUUCACGGAUUAUGUUCUGGGUGAGCGGGUUGCCGGGUUGCGUCUGCCUUCUUUGCCAGGUGCCGACAGUCCGGGCACACAGUUCCGCCCUCCUUGGCACUCCGUGCUUUCUUAUGAGUUCCGCUUGCGCAAGGAAGCCUUCCGACUGGUCAAUGAGGAACGGGUCACUCUUGCCACUGCCCUCGAACGUGUGGUGCGGGACACCGAGCUGAAGGAGCUUUGUUUUACCACACCGCUUGCACUCUCCCUGGCCGACGGCAGCCCCACUAAGUUCCGUAAAGGUAAUGGUAAGGGUAAGCACGAGACUCCAAAAGGGGGUAAGCCUUCCUUGAAGGGUUCUGAGGUUCUGAAGACACCUGGCAUGUUCGCUGGCUUCACCUUGAUCAGCACCACUCCCGACGGGCGCCAGAUCUGUUAUGCGUUUAACAGCGCUCGAGGCUGCAAAGGAAAGUGUGGCAGGGUCCACAUCUGCAGGGUUCAGGGCUGCGGCAAAGCUCAUGGCGUCCACCAGCACAAGGCUCCUGCUAAGACCUUGCCGGAGGGGGUCCCCACACCCCCUGAGUGA